AUGGACGCCGCUGCUCCUCCUGCCGUGGUCCUCCUCCACCAGCACCGCAUCGCCCUCCCCCAUGUGAGCCUCCCCUCUCCUCAUCUUUAUCCCUGGACCACAGCAUCCCCAGCUGGCUCCCUUCCUCGCCCACGUCUCUUCCUCCCCUCCUUUCUUCCUCUCCAAGAAGAACCAGAAGCAAGGGAGAAACCCCCUGGCCGCCGCAGCACCCCAUGGCGCCGUCGCAUCCGGCCGUCCCUAGCCUCGCCGCUGCCACCAUCGGGACCGCCUCGACGUCCUCUGCCUCCUCCCCAACGGAAUCGAGCCCGCGUGGCCCGUAGAGACGCCACGCUCGCCGUUUCUCCCCGUCGGCCUCCGGUGCUCUUCCUCAAAAUACGGCGAACGUCGACCUCCCCCGGCGCCGAGGACUGCACGUCGAGUUUCCUGAUCUUCGCCGCCGGCGGUCCUCCGGCGACCUUCCGUGGGUGGCGCCGCCCUCCCUUGAACCACGCCGUCAAGGCGCACCUCACGCGCCAGCUCUUGUAUCCGGGGAAGCCCCGCGACGCCGCUCUCUUCCUCGCCAACCGCGGUGACCGCGUUCUCUGGAACGCGCGCGGCAAGCUGCGCGUCGAGCACCUGGAGUGCAGCCGCAGAUGGUUGGCCAGCUCAGCGCGCCACGUCAUCCACCCGGACCCACCCGUCAGCCGCUCGGGUUAGAACACCCCUCGCAUUUGCUUCUUCUCGGAUAGGAUCACGAAGUGGUGCGGUGAGAUACGCCAAGUUCUUCGGAUGUUCCUCGGCAAGCUUUAACAGGCAAGCAUUUCCCCUAUACUCCUGCCCCUGCAGGAGUCGCUUACCUAUUUUAUUUUGCCUUCUCCCUCAUGCUAUCCUUAAGUUGCGUUCUUGUCACGUGUCCUUCCACUUGUUACCUCAAGCAGCCCAUAUUGCCACCACCACCUCCUACGGCUAUUGUUUGGUUAUCGGGUCUGCCUUGCGAGUCGUAGUGCAUGCUAGUGCUGUUUUAUCUUGUUACCCGUUGUUGUUAUCUUAUCGGGUUAUAUGUUGGGAAGAAUCAUGGUUACUUUAGUUGUUGAUAAUUGUUUAGCGGAGGCAUCGGUGGGUCAGCUGCUCGUUUUGUGACGGCUCACUUGUGUUUCCUAAAUAUCUUAGGACCCC